AAACUUGGUAAGGAACACCCCACGUUGUUUUUGUACAAAAUCUAGUCUUUUACCUAAAAUAUCAUUGGCGGAUCUGUGGCGCAAUGGUAGCGCGUCUCACUCUAGAUCAGAGGGUUGCGUGUUAGAUUCCCGUCGUGUUCAAACGCACGUUCCAUGCUUGCGUAAACUUCUUUUUUGGUUGUAAUUAUGGUACAAAAUUAGGGGUAAUUCCGUCAAUGUGAUACACUUAUACAUUCAUUUUCCCAAAAAAAAAAAAAAAAAAUUACUUAUCUUUUCUCCACAUGUUUCGUCAGAGUUUUCAGUACAAUUCUAGCUAUAGCUACGCUCUCCUUCUCCCUGAAUCUCCUUGGCCCAUCACCCUCUUCGUCUUCCUCAAAUCACUUCCCUCCUCAUUUCCCCAUAGCCCAACCGGAAACUCCCAAACUGUACCGUCGCUGGUGUGGUCGGAGAAUGCUCUUUUAUCAACCUACGAGGCUUAAUCUUCACCCUGUUUUGUUGCUCGCUGGCCUAGAUAGGCCCUUAGAUACCCAGAAUUUCCUCUCUACCAUCAGUGUUUUGGCAGCCAUUGCACUCUCUCUUUUCCUGGGAUUCAAGGUAAUGUGGAAUGUUCCUUGCCAUUCGCUUGUAAGCAUCAUCGGUAUGUCUUAAAAGUACCAACUUUUUGGGCUGAGAAUGUGCAAUUUGUGGAUUCUUCUGCAAGGGGAUCCUCUGCCAUGUGACCGCUGUGCAGGAAAUGGUACUUCUUUUACUCAUUACGUGUGAUAUAUAAUUUUCAAGUUGUAAACUUUCUUUCUGUUAUUUUCUACAUAAAUGUAAUUGAAAUCCUUUGUAUGAUUAAUAUCUAGAUUAUUUAUUUAUUGAUUAUGACCUGUUAUAUUGUUCAUUAUCUGAAUGGCUGAAUCCUGAUUUUUGAUAAUUUUUCUGUAAAAAAAUCAUCAAUGGAUUCACAAAUGUUAGGAAAGAGGAGUACUACAGUAGCACAAGAUUGGCCUUUUUAGCUUCUUUGACUAAAUCGGAUGUUCUCAUUUUUGUCAUAUAUUUCUAUUUGUAUAUGUUUGAUGCUCUGCAAAUAACUGAUCUAUUACGCCUUAUUUAAUGCCCUUAGGCCUUCUAGACUCUGAUUUUCAAUUCAGUAUUCAUGGAUUGACUCUGCUCUUUCUUAGGCAUUGAAGAUUAUAUAGGUUUGGGGACAAGGGAUGCGCGUGUAGUUUCAUCUCAUUUUUGGAAGAUCAUGUCAAUCUAGCACAUUAGCGUGUUACUCAGGAUAAAAGUAAGUCUUAUCUAUCCUGAAGUCAGCAUAUUUUAAUGGGAACUGCCUGAUUAUUGGUGUGAAGCUUUAUGACUGGUAAACUAAAACAGAAGCAGGCUUCCUUUAUUCAAAGUGACUGAGUGAGCAAAAAUAUGAUGCCUAGUGUGUGCAGAAUGUGGUUUACAUAUGGUUCAUGGAGGCGUCUAAUCAAGACUAAAGUGAAAU